AUGGAGUUCAAAGAGGCUGUGCGUGAGUAUUACAUACAAGAGGGUAGAAGGAUUUGGUUUAAGAAGAACGAUAACGUGAGGAUGAGAGCUGUGUGUAAGGAUGCGAGCUGUGGCUGGCUUGUGUAUGCCUCUAACAAUACUGAGAACAAUUGCUGGCAGAUCAAGACAUUCAUGGAUGACCACACCUGUGCAAGAGAGACCAAAAACAGACUAGCUAAUAGGAAGUGGCUAGCCUGCAAAUUGGUGAAGAAACUAAGAAAAUACCCGAAUCUGAGACACUCCGAGGCUGCACAAUAUUUUAAGACUAAAUGUGAUCUGGAACUAAACAAGUCUUCACUGACCAGGGCCUUAGGAGAUGCUAGAUCUGUUGUGUACGGUGAUGCAACUGCCCAAUAUGGCAUGGUGAGAGAUUAUGGGCUGACACUGUUGAAGAGCAAUCCAGGAUCCACUGUCACAGUUGGGGUUAUACCUCAGCCUAACCCUGAUGAUGAUCCAGUUUUCGAGAAGAUGUAUGUCUGUUUGGAGGGAUGUAAAAAAGGAUUUCUAGCUGGUUGCAGACCCCUCAUAGGCUUGGAUGGGGCUUUUCUGAAGACCCGGCAUGGUGGUCAGAUAUUGUCUGCAAUUGGCCAAGAUGCAAACAAUCAUAUAUAUGUUAUUGCCUAUGCAAUUGUCCCUGUUGAGAACACUGAAAACUAG